CAGCCCCAUCAUGUGAUGCGGGGAAGUCAUUUGCAAGUACAACAGUUCUCUGUGGUGCCCCCAUUCAUUUCCUGAGAGCUGCAUUAGAGCCGCUGAAGGGAGACUGGUGUGUGUGCGUGUGCAUGACUGCGUGUGACACGGUGUGUGUGUAUGCCAGGGACUGAGAGAGAGGGGAGACUGUGUAAAGGCAAAGAGAACAAAUCUCUCCUGCUCUGCAGCUUCUGGUCAGAUCUUUAAUCCUACAGUCAUUUUAAGAAUUCAUAAUGACCAACAAAAGAGAAAUUGGAAAAACAGCUUUUUAAAUGCUAGUAAUUCAGCACUCAUUUGAAACUGCAGGGUAAACUUUGGUGGCACCCUGAAGGAUAGAUGCUGCUUUGACUGGCUACACAGAUGAUUCCUAGCUAUAUCUGAAGACUUCUAUAAUGAUGGAGGCUUGAAGUGCAUCUAGGAACGAAUGGAUGACUGAGUAUUCAUAUGAAGAGGAAAGCCAUAAAAGACAUCAGCGCCUUUGAAAACAGAAUGCUUAUGCUUGAUGGGAUGCCGUCUGUCAGAGUCAAAACAGAACUGUUGGAAUCUGAACAAGGGUUACAAACGGCCUCUGUGCCAGAGGACUGGCGGCCUACCAACAUAACACCCAUCUUCAAAAAAGGCUCCAGAGGCAAUCCUGGGAACUACAAACCAUCUCCAAUCGCCCACAGCUACCCAGACAUGGAAACUGGACCCUUGUUGCUAAACAACAUGAAGGCUGAUACCCCAGAGGAUUCAUUAUGUACAGACGAUUUCCAAACACAAACUGAGCCAGUGGACUUAUCAAUAAACAAAGCCAGGUCAUCCCCUACAGCAGCUUCAUCUUCACCAGUUUCCAUGACAGCAUCAGCUUCCUCUCCUUCUUCUACUUCAACUUCAUCUAGUCGGCCAGCUUCAUCCCCUACAGUAAUAACAUCAGUAUCUUCAGCGGCAUCCGUACCAUCAGUAUUAACUUCAGGUCCUCUCGUGGCCUCUGCAUCUAGUGUUAGUAGCCAGCAGUUUUUGCACAUAAUCCAUCCAGUACCACCCUCAAGCCCCAUGAACUUACAGUCCAACAAAAUGAGUCAUGUGCACCGUAUUCCAGUUGUGGUGCAGUCGGUACCUGUUGUCUACACAGCUGUGAGAUCACCUGGGAAUAUGAACAAUACCAUAGUAGUACCACUGUUGGAGGAUGGGAGAAGUCAUGUCAAAGCUGGUACACUGGCAGACUUGGUGGGGAAAGAAGCUGAUUUGAAUAGAGAAACUGGCUGGGGAGAAGGAGAGAAAAAAGAAAUACAAGAAGCACAAAUGGACCCCCGAGGCCUAUCUCCCGGACACAUUAAAAGUGACAGUGAUGAUGAUGACCUGCCAAAUGUGACCUUAGAUAGUGUUAAUGAAACUGGAUCUACAGCCCUCUCUAUAGCCAGAGCUGUACAAGAAGAGAGCAUGUGGGGCUGUGCCAGGUCAACUUUUAACCCUUUGCGUUUUUUCAACUCCAGUCCAAUUUCACAAUUCAGUAUUGAGAGCACAAGGCGCCAGAGAAGAUCUGAAUCCCCAGACUCCAGGAAACGGCGCAUCCACAGAUGUGAUUUUGAAGGAUGCAACAAAGUGUACACAAAAAGUUCUCAUCUGAAGGCUCACCGAAGGACACACACAGGUGAAAAACCAUACAAAUGUACCUGGGAAGGUUGCACCUGGAAGUUUGCUCGCUCAGAUGAACUGACGAGGCAUUACCGCAAACACACAGGAGUGAAGCCAUUCAAGUGUGCAGACUGUGACCGCAGCUUUUCCCGAUCAGAUCACUUGGCGCUACAUCGCCGGAGGCACAUGCUGGUUUGAGAAGUGCUACUUGUCAAGCAGAAUAUAAGAGCUGGGUCUCUUAACUACAGUGAAUUCAGCAGGGCUGGAUCCCCUUCUACAGUGUUACAAAGGGCAUUCCAAGAUGUCCACAAUAAUAAAAAAAAAAAAGCAGGAAAAGAAGUGCCACUCUUCUCCUUUCCAUCUGAAAUUAAAACCCAUUCCCAUCCCCAGCAUGGCUACCCACCUACCUGCCCCACAAAUGUCAUCACAGUAUCCUGGGAGAUAGCAAGCUAAAUGCUGCAAGAAUGGGCAUUAUUUUCCAUGCUGUGUCCUUUAAUAAUGUUUAUAGCCUGUACAUUUUCUCAGCUGUUGGACAUUUUAUCCUUGAGAAUUACUGCUGGUUUGAAGAUCAGAUACCACAAACCGAUGAUGAGAGCAAGACUUCAUUAUUAUCCCAUCCUUUCCCCCUUUUUUGAGUACUGCCUAAUCCGUAUAGAAAAUACACCUCAUCUCUGCUACAGAACAGCAGCUUGAGAGUAGACAAGAAGAUUGUGUUGGAGAGGUUCCACUGUCUGAAGUGAAGGGGCACUUAAGCAGACUUUUGCAAUAAUGAUGGUGGCAUUUAAAUAUUUUACUACAGUUUGUCAUUAUGCCCUGAAAGACACCAAACACUUUCCUUUCCUUUCCUUUCCUUUCCUUUCCUUUCCUUUCCUUGUUUUUCUCUUUUUUUGUGGUCUGUAAAACAAAUGGGUGCAGCAGCAUUUCAGGUCAAGUACAAUAUAAGUAACUGUGCCCUACUAUAGACUUGUUUAGUACUAUUUUCUGGUUUGUAUAAAAAGAGCCUGCUUACACAUUUCUGUUUUCAAAGUGCAGUUUUCUGUCACAGGAAUCUUCCUGUCCUAUAUCCUAGUGUUUUAUUAAGGAAUUAGUGAAACAAAUUUAUACAUGCUGGCACCGUGGCAUAACUGUCCACAAAAUACAACUGAAUGUACAAAUGAGACAAAACAUAGAAGCAUUACAAUGGCAGAGAAAAGCAAUAAUGAAUAAAAUGGCUUUCAAGACAAUAACAUACUGGAGUCUUGCAAAACUCAACCUUCAUACCACUAAGGGGGCUGUACAAAAAUAAGACAUUAGAUCUCUUGUGUUGGCAGCUUAUGUUAGUCUUUUUGAUAUUUUUCAUCUGCCAGGUACCACAGUUAAAUAUAUCAAUUUCUAUCUAAUGUAACAGCUGCUUUGUGGUUGAAAAGGUGGUUUAGAUACAAGAGUGGGUAAGCCUUUAUUGUUGAUGGGUCAAUGGAUGCAUAAACAGAGAGGAUGUGCUGUCAAGAAGAUGAUCUGUAGUGUACUAGUUUCCUCCUUUGGAGGUUGAAAAUAAAGAGGCAUGAGCCUGCCCUUCAGUGCAACAUAAACAGCUGUUCGUAUGGGCUCCAGUGGCUAUCUCUGCAGAGAUUUUCAGCUCAAACCUCCUUUGUUUAAGUGAAAGCAGAUUGCUUAUCAUUCCCAUCCAGCCCAAUAAUUGUGAACCAAUUGGUAUUAGUUAAAUUAUAUGGUCAAGGGAGGAAUUCUUAGCCAACAGUUUUUCUUUAAAAUGGAACAGUAUUUUUCCUCCUUCUUCAUAAGGAUCUGCUUAUUCAGCUAAAUGUUACAAGAGGAUUGGUGAGAUUUUGUAUUUGCUGACAUUUUUAUAGUUUAGAGAGAAAAGUUAUAUACAUAAAGAGCUUUUGUAAUACAUUUAAUUAUGAAUACUCAGUUCCAGGAACUGUACAUAUUAAGCUCGCAAUGCCACAGGUUCAUUUUAAAAUGUUUGCCCAAUCUGAAUUAACUGCUGAUUCAUGGUAUCAUGUUAAGGGGAUUCGAAACCAAAAUUAUCUUUAAGAAAAGCCAGUAAAUACUGAAUAAGCUGUGAUUACAAACACUAAAACAAUGACAGUUAAUGGAAGACGAUUAUUUAUGGAGACACUUUUAUAUAAAUACCCAGCAGGCCCACAAUUUGAUCAUCCCUGUACACAUUUUUAAAUGUUCCCCUGAUAGGGAACAGUUGAACAGCCCUUUAAAUUAAGGACUGCAGGCCUGUUAAAACACCAGCUUCCCAACUGAGUGACAAACUCCACAACACAAGGAAAAGUAUGUACUACCAGUAUCUAACUGCCUCUUUCACUUCUCAUUCCCCUGUCCUAUUCUUAUAUCAGGCAGGUCACCAAAAUCCAUGACAAAAACAGCAUUUUAGUACCUAGCUUGCUCAUAACAAGCAGUGCAGAUAAUAUUGAGAGUAAAAGGGAUAGUAUCACAAGCUAAGAGAUUUCCAUAAGGCUGAAUUUACCAAAUCUGGUGGGCUUAUGCUGUACCAUAGUCAAAUCAGGCAUUACAUUCAUGCCCCACUUCCUCAGCAGCCACUACAGAUUUCCCACACCGCCCAUUUCCUUUACCAAUGGCAGUCAGUGGCAGGGGAAGUGGUGAUGGCAGCUGAAGUAGGAAGGUGUGAGAGUGGCUGAAGCAGAAGGAUACUGCCAGUUGGCAAUGUAAUUUGCACAUGCUCACCCUGGAAACUUUCACACCCCAUGCAGGACAUAUCCCACAGUUUGGGACACACUUCUCUGGCCAUUGGAUUGAGCUGUUGUGAUGUCAUCCAUCUGCAAACUGAGAUUUUAGCAACAGUUCUCAUUUAAAGAUCAGAUGUCAUCCAUAGGGUUUGCACAUUAUUUGUGGGAAUUACCUGUAUAGAAAUCACAAUUGUCCUUUUAAAGAUAUCAGUCAUUCGAAAAUCUAAAGCAUACAAGCACAAAUCAAAGUAUGAGAUUAUCUUUAAUACCCAAGAAUAUUAUAAUUGGAAAUUAGUCGGGUCUUAGUAACAAAGCAUAAAAAUGCAGAAUUUAUUGUGGGCACAUUUUACUUGAUGCCUACAGCAUCCCCUUUACAAAUAACAGCAUUUUCCAUUUUUAAGUUUACUUCACCAGAAGAAGACAGUUGGGAAAGUCUGGGUAAGUUUCAGGAAUGGCAGUGAGGGCUUUCAUCUUUUCUCUCAUCCAGUUGCCUACACAUUUAUAUAUUAGAAAUGUUGCAACAAAUAUUGGAAAGAGGAUCUGGUUCUACUCUACCAGUUUAAAACAGGGGUAAAGCCAUUAAAAUCAGAGAAGACACAUGUAUAAAACUUAUCAGUCAGAGACAAAGAGUUAUAUACUGAAUAUUUCUGAAAAUCCCCUUUGAAACAGUCCUCAAAGAGAAUACUUAGGCUCAAUGUUUACAGCGCACACCUGAAAGAGCUUUUUAUGUUAUUAUUGCAUCUAGACAGCAUAUACAGACAAUGUACAGACAUUCAGUUUCUACCUGGAGAGUCACUGCCUUCCCAGUAGAAAUCACAAGUGUACACAUGUUCAGGAUUUUUCUCCCAGAGCAAAAAUGGUUACUCUGAGAGAAAAAUAACCCAGGAACAAUCAGGGUUAAAUCACCCCAGGAGGGUUUCUCCUGGGAAAGCAAAUGCCUGUGUAUAUUCACUUCUGAGAGAAGCCACAACAAGGUCCUUCAGCAUCUCAGGGUGCUUUGGUUCUGUCCUUCCCUCCUCCCCAGGAGACUUUGUGUCACUUGGACUGGAUUUUACUGCUCCAGCCAAGCAGAGAGCAGAAUAUGCCUCCUUCACAAUCCCCUCAUUUUGCUGCAGGGAUACAGGGGCUAAGCCAGAGCAGUCUGGGGCAGUCAGUUAGGGCUGCCUUAUACAUUUCUACCAUCUGUUUCUGGGCAGAUUGAGGGAGCCUGCAGAGGAUGCUGAGAUGUGUGCACAGGGGCCCUUGGCUAAGCAACAUCCACACUGCAAGGUCUCUCCUCUUCAGGGCCUCAGCAUUAAAAUUUUUAUUUGGUUACAUUUUCUACUAGGAAAAUGAACACGGGAGAAUUCUACUAAAUCAUUUGAACGUGUGUACAUAGCCGCUGAUAGCUACAGUCUGCUAUUGGACUUGCAAGCACCACUGAAGUUAUUGAAGAGCUUCAGGUGUAUGAAUGCUUAGAAUUCAGCCCAUUAUGUUAAGUUAGGUAAUUUUCUUUAAUGCUCUUUUGUUCUUCUGAAACCAUUUAAGAAGUUAUUUUGUAAAGAGAAAAAGCUAGCCCAUAGUGUUCAGAUCUAGGCCCAAGCUUACACAGUUUUUAGGAGUGAUCUCAAGUCAAUGGCUUUGAUACAGACCUACCUGCAACCUUUAAGAAUUAUGCAAAGACCUGAGAAUCCCUCCAGUAUUUCCCUCGAUAACCUUUGCAUUAUGAAUAUAACCAGAGAUUUUUCUAUGUGGAAAGCUUACAUUGUAACCAGCAGGCAGAAGUAUGUGGUCUCAUCUUUAUAUAGCACAGAUAUGACUCACAUAAACAGCUGAAAAAUACAAAUAGGCACCAUCCCAUUCUUUCAAUGAAGCAAAGAUUUAUGCUCUUAAAUUUGAAUAAAUGGGAGAUAGGAAGUUAACUGUAGGCAUUGCAGCUUAGAUGUGCAGCUAAUGCUGCGAAGCACCAGACUUCAAGUGACUUUACAAGGAUGUUGGUCUGGUCAGUAAGGCCCAGUAGAAAACAGUAUAUGAAAAUAUAAUGAGCAGAUGUUUUAUUUGAAAUAAAGAUUUUUUAAACACCCAUAUGAUGUAGCACUUUGAAAUCAGCUCAUUGUAGUGGCCGUUUAUACAGGGGAUGAAGAUGCAGUACUCCUUAUUCUCUACUUUAUUUAUUAUACUUACACAGUUAAAUAGAUUUAGACUAACAUGUAUAUAAAAGAUUCUUAGCUCAAAUAAUGUUUAACAAAAUUAACAGUGUUAAAAUGGUAUCAGUGAUAUUGGAAUUUGGGGUAAAUUCACUUUGUGGAUCUUGGAUGAAUAGCUGGGCAACAUCCUAGGAGUAGAAAUGAGAAUAACAACCACCAUAAGGCUCAUUUUCUAUUAGCUGCAUUGAAAAUGUACCCCUAGUUGUCAUUUAUAAACAUAUCUUCUGAUAAUAAAUGCUCUUUAAUGGAAAUAUUCUUCUGCUGCUUUAUUGAGAGUGGGUGCCUCAAAAUGUGAAUAUAUUUGCUCCUAUUAAUAUCCCAUUAACUUUUUGUUAUUUGGGUUUUUUUUUUAAAAGAGGUCAAUUAGUAGAGUGUGUCUUCCACAGAGUUAGCAUAUACUGGUAGCUACCACUCAGCUAUUCCUCCCCACUCUGACAUGCUCAUAUAUACAUACCUGCAUAGAUACCUUUACACAUGUUGAUAUGCCUCAUCACAUGUGUGCCCAGAAACAAGAAUUUAACCAUGAUUUAACAAUACAGAGAAUUGGAAUUGGAAAUUACUAAUACUGUAAAAGAAAAUAUCACAUUAUUAAGAAACCAACUUGUAUUACUGUAUUAUGACUUUGCCUGUGUUUUAUAAUGAAGAUGUACAUAAAAAAAUUAAAAACUGUUAUAUUUUCACAGUUUCAUUAUAGAGUAACGGUAACUGUGCAAUGUAUGCUUAGCAAAUCAUGCCCAUUGGUACUUUUAAAUAUGUAAAAAUCUAAUCAAUUUCAGUAGUAAUUCAAUUUUUAGUAUGAAACCAACUAUAAGGAUACUGCAUCUUUAAAAACAAAAUAGAACAAAGGUAUUUUACUGUACUUGUAACAGUUUAAAUAUUCUGUAAUAUAUGUGAUAAUGGGAAAGUAUUUUCAAACUCACAAUUUUUCACAGGUUGUAAAUAGUUGAAAUGAAGUACAUUUUAAAAACAAAUCUUUUAGUUUUCAUCCAAAAAACCCUGCUCAGAUAAUGCCUUGUAAGGAAUGAAACUGUUCCAUUUUGUUAGAGCAUGGUCUGUCUGUGCAAAAUGGAGUGGCCACUCAUCCUGGUUUAUUAAUAGUGGUGUCAGAUGCAGUAAAGUCAUUUUGAGUCCUUGGGAACUGAAUUAGUUAAAACUCAAAAUGUCUGAAUCUGAAGAAAAUAAAACAAAACUACUAUAAAGAAUUUUCUCUGUGUGUGAUGACUGAAGUGUACUAAAGAUACAGUACCAACAGACUCAUUUAAUUUAAUUUGUUCUUAUAUUCCCCCAGCUAAAAUGUAUUUUGAUCAAAACUUUGCAGAGCUAAAACAGGUGGUUACUUUUUGCUGAUUCCAGGGGAAUUUAGUCUUUUAGAAAAAGUUGCAUGUCUGCAAAACAAAGUGCUAUUGGAUGGUUUGUUCUGGCAUUAGAAUGCACAUAUGAUUGCAAAAAGGAUAACAUAAAAUCCAUUAAAAAGAAACAGAAACUGAAAGUGCCUGUUCAUAACCAUUAGAACCUGUUGGGAUGUUCCUAUACUUUUACACAGCAAUAACUUCAAUUCAGUCCUUAUAGGAUUCUGUUAUCAAUAAGACAAAAAAAUAGAAUUACACUUGGACUACAGUAAUGCAACAUAGAACCAAACACAAAGUGCCAUUUAUCUUUUCACUUUCCAAGAUAUUGUGCUAGAGUUUUUUGUCAUUUUCUCUGAUAUCGUCUUUCACAUCGGGGGAAAAAAAAAACUGAAUCUUAAUUUACAAGUGACUCAUUUGUUUGUCAGUUCUAAGUGGGAAUAAGUGAAGGUCAUUGCCAAGCAAUGUGUUGGGGGUUCCCCACUUAAGUCUGAUUUGCCUGUGAGUCAUCCAGGCAUUCAGGGUAUUCUCUAGUGUAUUAAUCUGGAAAACAGCAAUAAGCUUCACUGUAACCCUAGCCACUGUUUCUAGAAAAAAACAGUAUGAUGUAUUGUUCUUCAGUGCAAAUACCUUUGAAGAUUCUCUCCAUUGACUUUGAACUCUUGAAAUUUAGAUUUCAUGCAUUGCUUAUGACUCCCGUUUUGACCCCUUGCAUAACGACUCUUUUUUGGCCUGUUUAGAAUUACCAGAAAACUCGUUGAAAUAUUUCAACAGUGGACAAAAAAUGGUCACGCUGGGGGGAGAGGGGGGUGGUCUUCUUUUUUCCUUUUUCUGAUACGUGGGUGGAAGCCUAGAGCAUUUUUUAAUAAGAAGCCAGAGGCAAGACUGAUACUUGCAAGCUGAACUAGAGAACAGCAGACAAGGUUCUUUGGGUAUAUCUGAUAUCUUUUAUUAGACCCACUCAAAUCUUAGUAGGUCUAAUAAAAGAUAUCAGAUUUACCCAAAGAACUUUGUCUGCCUAUGUCCUUAGACUAACAUGGCUACAACCUACACCCCUGGAACUAGAGAAAGCUUUUUUCAGGUUGAAUAACCUUACCAAUUAUAUGGCCUUCAGAAUUGUAUAAUAGACUAUUACUUUUAUAUUGAUUACCUAUAACCCAAGGUGGCGAGGGGUGUCCUUUUUUUUCAACUUGCUAGGUUUCUGACAGAAAACUGAAAGAAUUGAACUUUUCAAAUAUCAUGGUGAUGUCAUUUCUCAUUAGGUUUUUUCUGUUUCUUAAAAUAAAUCUACAGAUAAUCCAAAUUUAAAUAGGCUCCCCUAAUAGCCCUACGAAGUAUGAUAAAAUACUGUUUUCUGUGUUUCAACAAAAGAUACAGCAAUUUUUAAAGGAGUUUCUAAUUUAGCUGCAGUUUGCCCACACACUAUUUGUGCAUGCAAAGCUCCACAUUUGGGUUUGCUCCAGGAAGGGUAAAAAUGUGUCUGGUUUGCACGCAGGAUUUUGUGUGCACAAAAUAGCUUGCUAACAGAAAAACUGCAGGUGCUUUUGAAAAUGCAGGCCUGUGUGUGCAUAAACUACUGUUGAUGUUAGCAGGUGUCAAUUAAUCAUAUUUAACGACCAUUAGUUUAGUAUCAAAUUAUGGUUAAGCAUAUUAAACAUCAGUGCAAAUAAUCACAUUGCGAUAUGCAUAUAUUUACUCAAUCAUCCUGAACUUAAUCUCAGGCAUUAAGCACAUAAAAGAACUCAGCCUAUGCUGGGAAUCCUAGAAGAACACCAGGGAAUGUGGGAUCAACAGGACAAAAGAAAACAGGUUCUUUUUAGUGCACUAGAUGUUUUUUGGUUUUGUUUUGGAAAGAGGAUCUCACAGAAAUCUCUGUUGUUAAGGGGACUGUUUUACUCUAGCAUGGUGUCUGUUAGUUUUCCUUUUUUCAAAAGAAAAGUAGUGCAGUCUAUUAUCCAAAAGCCUGCAAUACAUUCUUGCUUCAUUCUAAAACAAGUAGACAUGCUUUAGUUGUGUUUGUUACAGAUGUGUCUCUGUAACAGUGCUGUGUUGCAUGGUUUCGGAUCAUUAAAAACUGGAUUACUGUUGUAUUAAGGACAUAAUCUUGCAUUGUUCAGCACAGGCAACAAUUCAGUGGGAAUUUUGAUGGUUAAAUAUAGAAUUGAGCUCUUAGUAAUAGAAAUGAUCUGGGAUACUGAUAUCUGUGUUUUGUGACCCCAACAUUUUCUACAGUUCAUUCUGUCAAAAACUUCAGUGAAUGAAAUUCUAAUGUGUAUAACAGUUCUUUAUGUUUCUGGAUAAUCUACUUCACAAGACCUACUUCUAUAUGCUGUGAACCCUUCAUUUAAAAGAAGACAUAUGGUCUGUAUGGGGUCACACUAGAAUACAGUGCAAAUGUUAUAGACUAUUAUUUGAUAAAGGCAUGAGCCAGUACAUUUGGAAUUAGAUUAAAGAUACCAGCCAACCAUCUCCAAAUUCUUAACACUGGAUUUAGCUAUAGGGUAUAUGGAAAGAUAGACUGGAGCCACAAUCCUUACAUCAGAGAUAUACUUUAAGAAAAAGCAGACUGAGGCAUUAUUUUUCGUUCUAGUCCCAGCCCUUUUCUAAGUACUAAUUUUCUAAGAACAGUAUUUUCCCCUUUAGUGCUAUACAUCGCUUCCUUUUUAAUCUAAACUCUCUGGAGAACAUCUACACAAUAUCCUCCCUUGGCUAAUUGUCUGUCUGUGAAAACCUAUAUCCACAACAGAACAUACACAGAUAUAUUUGUAAAUUGUUUAAAACAUUGGACACCACCAAACAUAAAGACUUCAACCCACAAACAACCCAUGCUCUAAGUGACUGAGAGGUUUGGACACUGCUAUCUACAUGUGAGGUCAUAAUUAAUAAUGAAUUUGAAAAGUUCUCUCAGCUGUGUUUAUGAAGAAAAAAAAGAAUGAUGAAAAAUACCCAUCUUGGCUAAGCCAAAUGUGGAUAGAGCAUAUUCUAUCCAUGCCAUUAGUAAGAUAUAAUGGUAAGGCCAGGGUUGAAUUUGGUCAGGUAUUUUUCCCUUCAGUUAGAUCAUUAUUUUUGUACAUAUCAAUAAUUGUUCAUAUGACCCUCCUGUGUAAAAAUACAAAAACAUCCCUCAUUUUACAAAGCUACUGACUUGGGACUGAAGCUUCACAGCAGUGGAAUUAGUAUGUACAGCACCUGAUUCUCUUUCCUAUGAUAAGAUAUGAAAGGCUCAUUAGCUGUAACCCCAUAGAGAUAAGAGUGUCAAUAGAGGUCCUACACUUACUUAAAAGUACCCAUGCUAGCAAGCAAAUGUAUUAGUUCCUUAAAUCUUUCUUUGGCUUUCUUUUCAAAAAGUUUUACAUGCAAAACAUUACUUUUCUCCAAGAAAAAAAAAUCAUCCGAAGAUCUAAUCUCCCAAUAGUUUCCUCUGCAUUUAUAUACUAUGUCGUGUUUAGGCAACACCUAUGUUAUAAGUUUAUUAAUAUUAUGUAAGUGUUGUUCUUGUAUUUUUGUAUAGUGUAUGUAUUGUAAAUAUACUCAGAGCUUUUUUUCCUCUUACUGUAAAAUGGUGAUUUUUGCCCUAUGAUAAUGUUAAGGGAGUCCCCUAAUGAAAUUCUGUCAGAGGAUGAGUAUUCCAGUCUAUUCUCAAAGAUUUAAAUGAACAAGUGUUACCGUUUUUAAUGGUGUCUCAGACAUAUUUUGUUGGUGCAUUGCUUUUCUGUAUUCACCUUUCCUAUGAAUUGAGCUGUGAACUGAAAUAGAGUUUAAACCUUUAAAUGUAUGCAUUUGUACAAUUAUCUGAAUGGAGGCAUGAAGGUUAAAUAAAGCAUUUUGUAUGGAACAAA